AUGUCACGCGUACCCGAAGACGAGCGUCGCCGCAUUAUAGACCUGUGCCUUAAGGAGUAUAGCCAAAGAGCCAUCGUCGAUUUGGUGCAGCGCCCAUUGAAAACCGUUAAUCGCAUAAUACAAGCAUACAAGAACGAAGGCCACAUUGCGGACGCGCCACACAAUCGACGUCCACGUGUCACAACAGCCGACCAGGAUCAGACGAUUGUGGCGGCCGUGGCAGUCGACCCGUUUCUGUCGGCCCGAGAUGUCCGCAAUGCCUGCAACCUUCAGUUGCUCCUGUCGGAAAACGUUCAGAAGAACUGGAUGCUCUUCAAACAGAAGUUCGAGCUGUACCUGCAAGCGACGGCGCCAGACAAACCAAGAACGGAAGCUACCAAGACGGCCACACUUUUGACUAUCGCCGGUGAUGACGCCCUAGAGAUCUUCAAUAACUUCGUCUUCGCUGAGGGUGAAAGCAAGGAGGAUUACAAGACCCUUGUCGCAAAGUUCGAGGACUACUGCGCGGACCAGCAGAACGAGGUGUACGAAAGAUACGUAUUUCGGACAAGAACGCAAGACGAGGCGGAACCGGUGGAGCAGUUUAUCCGCGUCCUCAGGAAACAAGCAAGGUACUGCAACUUCGGACAACUUUCAGAUUCAAUGAUUCGCGAUCAAAUCGUCUUCGGCACUAACAACAAAAAGUUACGGGAGAAAAUGCUUAGGGACAAGGAUUUGACGCUCCAGAAAGCAGAACAAACCUGCAAAGCCGCAGAAGCCUCCGCUAAACAAAAUGAAGCAUGGUAUGCCCACGAAGAAAAGGUGGACUCAACCACAAAAGGCUACCAGCGCCGCUCAGAUGCUUCAAGAACCGAACAGUGCUUCAAGUGCAACAGGAGACACGAAAAGAGGAAAUGCCCCGCUUUUGGGAAGACUUGCUACGCCUGUCAGGGACGCAAACACUUCGCAGCUUCUUGCAACAAACAAGUCAGCGAGGUGAAGCACGACGACGAGGGCUUCGACAUCUUGGACCUGGGUGUUUGUGGCAUCGAGAAGGAACGGGACUGGAUUGUCAAGGCCCAGCUAGCGGAGCAAGUGGUCUCGCUGAAGGUAGACACCGGCUCCCAAGCCAACCUGUUGCCCCUGUCGGUGUACAAGAGACUGCACCCUAAGCCGUUUUUAAGACCAAGCCACGCGGUCUUGCGCUCGUACAGCGGCAAUAUCAUCAAACACUGCGGCGUCACAACACAGGAGGUUACGAUCAACCAGCAUCACUGCCGCGUCGACUUUUUCAUUGUUAAACGAAGUCAGGCCAUUCUCGGGCUACAGGCAAGUGAGCUCCUGGGACUGGUGUCCCGAACGGUGAACUCUGUAAGCACGGGCAGCGCCGUUCCGGUGACCCAAGAAUUCGCCCACCUGUUCCAAGGCACCGGCUGCGUAAAGCGACGGUACCGAAUGGUACUACAUGACGAUGCCGUGCCAGUGGUUCAGCCUGCACGACGGGUGCCCUUGGCACUGCGAGAGCCCCUGCGGGAAGAACUGCAGCGCAUGGAGAAGGCCACCAUCAUCCGGAAAGUGGAUGAACCCACUGACUGGGUAAGCCCUCUUGUUAUUGUGAAGAAAAAAGAUGGCAGCCUUAGGCUAUGCAUGGACCCUAGGUACGCCUGA